AUGGCCGUAGGAUACGCCAGAGACCAGCCUCCGGGCUUCGUCAACCGUAUCGAGCGGGUGGCCAUUGUCGGAGCCGGCGGAUCCGUUGGAAGACAUCUCACGGAACAACUCGUGUUACACGGCAAGCACGUCGUCACAGCCAUCACCCGGCCCGGGAGCAACAAGACAAUGCCCGAGGGCGUUCGGGUCGCCCGGGUCGACUACACCAGCGACGACGACGACGACGAGAAGGCUCUCGUGGACGUCCUCCGCGGGCAGCAGGUCCUCCUAAUCACGAUGAGCAACAUGGCGCCGCCGGACACGAUGCUCAAACUCAUCCGGGCAGCCGCAACAGCCGGCGUGCCGUACAUCGAACCAAACUGGUACGGCCACGACGCGGCCAACAACGCGCUCUGCGACGAAAGCAUGAUCAGCGGCAAGCGGGACCGGGUCCUGGCCGAGAUCCAGCGGCUCGGCGUCAGCUCGUAUCUGCUGCUUGUGUGCAAUUUCUGGUAUGAGUGGAGCUUGGGGGGCGGGCCGAACCGGUUCGGGUUCGAUUUCGUCCACCGCACCGUCACCGUCUUCGAUGAGGGCACUGAGCCCAUCAACACGACGACGUGGCCGCAGUGUGGCCGGGCCGUGGCGCGGCUGCUCAGUCUGAAGCACCUCCCGGACGACGAGAACGACCGGGCCCCGACCCUGUCGCGGUUCCGGGACGGCUUGGUGUAUGUUUCGAGCUUCAGGCUGACGCAGCGCGAGAUGUUCGAGAGCGUCAAGCGCGUCACCAAGACCACCGAUGCGGACUGGACGAUCCUCCAGGCCUCGUCCCGGGAGCGGUACCAGAAGGGACGGGAGGGGAGGCAGCUGCAGGAUUGGAGUCUGUAUACCCGCAUGCUGUACAGUCGGAUGUUCUUCCCGAACGGGGGCGGCGAUUAUGAGUCCCAGCGGGGGUUGGAUAAUGAAGCACUUGGUCUACCGGUGGAGGAUCUGGACGAGGCCACCGCCGAGGCCAUCCGCAUGGGCCAGAACAACCAGGUUCCGUUUUCGCACUGA